AUGGCUAGCCACCGUCUCAAGGUGCCUGAAAGACAUUACUCUGACGCGUAUUUGUUGUAUCGGCCUGCAUGGCUGGCUAGGCCCCGAGGGUUUAUAAACUUCAAAGAAAAAGAAGCGCAAGAAUUUAAUGACCUGAUCGAUGCAUUCAUACCAAAGGAUGUGCGGCACUGGGAUUGCCGUGAAGAUGACUGGGUCUUUUCUUACGCUGAGACGGUUUUGCGGGUCACGAACCGUUCUGACCAAGAGUCGUGCUCAAUCUUCGUAUCCAGUCGUCGUCUACCGAGGGAUGUGGUGGAAGUGAUGAGCAGAGAUCUUCAGUGCAUGCUUGAUAGAGAAUUUGCCAAGAUCAGUGGUGUUCUGGACUUUGCAACACUCCUUCUCCGCCUGGUGGAGGCCGCCAGUGCUCACUUGCUUGCUUGGAGAGAAGAAGUCAGAUCAACUAAGCUGGGUCUGAAGCCAAACAAUAAGGUCUGGCAGCACGGGUGGGAUGCGAAUUAUGUAUCGGAUUGGAAGUCUAUCUUGGACAACCCUUUCGGUCUGAACCUUGAUAGCAUUGCCGAUACCGCUCACCAUAUCCUCGGCAUGACUCCAAAAACGAUCUGUGCCGGUAUUCCGAGCAAUUUCCGCAUCCUCCAUGUUGAAAGUAUAUUACGGAAAAAUCUGGCUGGUCGAUUCGUGGAAUGUCAAGAAACCAUGCGAAAACAUCUUCUUGGCCGGCCAUACGACGAGCUCCGGGCCUGCGUCCCGAGGUACAUAGGAAAAAGCAUCUUCUCGGGUACUACUAAAGCUGACCUUGUGGAGCAUCUGGUGCGGCCUAGGUUGACAUUCCACGGUACCAUGAAAAGAUAUGUGGCAUCUAUCGUGCGGUACGGCUUCUUGAAACCGGGUCAGAAUAUUGGAAAGACGUCAGAGGUGGUAGCAGUACGUUGUGGAAACACUUAUGGCCGUGGUAUUUAUUCAUCUCCAAAUCCUGAAUUCUCCUUAUCAUACGUCGGCUCCUCCGCAACGGCCGUGAACAGUAGCGACGUCCCAUCUGUCCGGCUGAUUGUCUGUGCGACCAUAAUGGGGAGAGCGGUCACUCUGAGACGUGAUGAUGACUGGCGGCUUCAUGAUUAUCCCUACCCAAACUCAGAUUCUCAUGUUGGCAACAAUGAGCUUGAAUACAUAGUGUUCAAGGCUUCGCAGAUCUUGCCUUGCUAUGUUGUCCACUUAGACUGGGGUUCAGAGGAAGCUCGUCGUGCUCUCGAGAAUGUACCACAGAGCUCCAAUGUCUGGGCAGAGACUCGGGCCAGAAAACCAAACACGAGGCAUCCAAGGCUCGAAAAGCAAAUCUUGUAUCCGGGCGACAAGGUUCGGCUUCAAGCCGCGAAGCAGGCAGCUGCAGCAAAGUGGUUUCCCUUUGGCUACGGAUCAGCGAAGGGCAAUUCCUUCAAAAUCGAAGAGAUUGGCGAGGUCUCGGAUGAUGAAGAAAAUUAUGGGGACUACCAACAACAGGCAAUGCAGAAGUUUGAGGGCACUGAGUACCAAGAAGAAGAGACUGGAACUGGUGGCCACAGCGGACAGUAUUGGUUUGACGAGUACUAUUUGGAGCGAACCACACAGCUUCAUGUGAAGAUUAGUCCAGAUGAUUGA